AUGGCUGAAGGAAAUCAACAAGACGCUUUCCUUGGGCUUGCUCCAGAAGAGGAGAAAUUCGCCAAGAGUCUUAUUGCCAAGCUCGCUUUGAGCUCGUUGUCGCUUCCUUUGACCGUGACACGUACCCUUAUCCAGCUUGGUCAUGAACCGUUCCCAUUGUCUACAGGAAAGACUCUCGUCAUUGCAGGAAGAAAUGCGUAUUUCCUUCCUAACUUCUUCAGCUAUAUGAAGCAAUUGGGAACUACUCGUGGAUAUAUCACCCUUUGGACUGGAAUCGACUCUGCUAUCGCUGCUUUGGCUGUUCAGGGUAUUGCUUCUCACCGCACUCAGCAGUACAUCGACGAGUACUACCCCAAUAUUGGAGGACCUCUUUUAAAUCAAGAUAAAGAAGAGGAUGAACUCACCGAUGCUGAAUCAUUCCGAAGAGUUAUUCGUAACGGAUUCCGCGAUUCUGUCAUUCGUGUUGUUGCUGUUACUGCUGCACGACCAUUUGCUGUCUGCUUUGCUCGUCAAGUUGCUCAAGUUAUUGGCAAUGAAACUAAAUACACUACCUGCGCCCAGGCUCUGGCCGUCAUCGGAAAGCAGGAAGGUCCAGGAGGACUUUUCAGCGGACUUGCUCCUCAGAUCGUUGGAGAGCUUCUCGUCAUUUGGGGAGUUCAUCUAAUUACUCACGGAAUUCAAAGAGCUAUUCUCCGCAUUGAAUUUGGAGACACAAAGAAUAAGGACGAAACGAAAGCCAAGGCUGCCAAGGAUGUUCACAAGUUCAUCCAUACUGCUGUUCCAUUCCUCGUCAACUCCUUCGGCUACCCAUACAGUGUUGUAUCCACUGUUAUGGCUGUUGCUGGAUCAGGACUAGCCGUUUCGUUCCUCCCAUAUUCACCAUCCUUCAACAACUGGCAUGGAGCAUGGGACUACCUUCGCCCAAUUGGUCUCAAGCGUGGAAACCGCCUGUUCCUUCGUGAACAAGUGGGAGCUGUCACUGUCGGCGUGGAUCAACAACUUUACGCUAGCAACUCUUACUUUGCAUAAGAUUUUCGUCCCCAACUUCAUCCAAUCUUCGCUAUAAUGUAUUUUUCGAGUUUUGCUAAUCCCUUUUCAUAUACCAAUCAUCGGUUGUUUUAGACUCAAAUCUCAUAGAACUAAAAUGUUCCUUUAAUCCAAACCCGUACUUUAGAUUUUCGAUUUAAAUUUCAACAUGUGUCCCGUAAUUUAUUAGCUUUAGCGUUAUCCUAUGAUGAAGUUAAAUCUACAAUUUAAAAUUUUAUAGUUUUUUUUUGUAAACAAACUACACUCAAAAUAAAAAAAACUGCGUGGCG